AUGUUUAUUCCAGCAAUAGUGGAAUUCUUUAAAUACAAACUCGUAGGAAGUAUAUUCGUUCUGGCAUGCUGGUCUUCAUUCGAUGAAGUAAAAUUCGCCAAGAAGUUCUAUGAGCAUGGAAUUAGCGUAACGUUUGCAUGUGAUCCAGAAGUGCUAGGAGACGUCUCGGACUUCAAAUUUCAAGGAGUACUCUUCAUUGAUCAGGAGAACUUUAACUUGUUGAAAAAGGUAAAUCGAAAACAUUUUUCUCACUGGUACAAAUGGCUCAUCGUCAGCAAAAAUAUACCCGAUGCUUUACACUCAGUGAGAUAUGAUAACGAUAUGACAAUACUUCGAGAAACUGAAAGUUUUGAUAAUAAUACUUUAGAUACAACACCAACGACAAUAAACUUAUACUUCGAUGAAAUAUACGUCCACCCGCAAGAGGGUGCCACUCAGCAUGAAUGGGCUCACUGGUCUGAUGGGCUGCAGGUCACCCAUGAAUGGGAGAGAACCCAGAGGCGAAAAGAUGUCAAGAAGUACCCUUUCAGGAUCGUUGCCCCGGUAGCACACUAUUCUGAAGAAGUCUACAAGGGUUCCUUUGCUGAAUACCUAGAAGACCUGACGGCACCCGAUGCAGGCUUACGUUGUGGCUACGGUGCAUCCUCACUCAUCAUCGAGGCUGUCAAUGCUACACGGGUCCUAGUACCAGCUAAGCUGUGGUACGGCACCCAAGACGUCUUGGGUUCGGAGUCAGCAGACCUUAAUGCUGGCGUGUUGAGAAUUAUGGAGACAAGAAUGGAGUAUCUGGACUACAUCAUGCCGAUUUGGCUCUUUAGUGUCGGGUUUACCUACCUAGCUGAACGGGAGAGCAGCAGCAAUAUGUAUGUGGAACCAUUCACGGCUGCCUGUUGGUGGACUUGCCUAGGAAUCGGUGUAACCCUGGCCCUGGCCCAAAGGGUAGCAGCCAGAGGAAAGCAAGAGAAGGAAGGCGCUUUCAUGGCUGUACUCGCCACUUGGUUGCAGCAAGAUGCAGCAGCAGUUCCCGAUGGCGUGGCAGGACGGUGGACUUUCACAGUCAUGUCCAUUUGUGCAAUGCUAGUUCACGCAUACUAUACGUCAGCCAUUGUGUCAGCGCUGAUGAGCACCGGCAGGGGAGGGCCCAACACUUUAAGGGAGCUAGCCGACUCCAGAUACGCUAUAGCGUCAGAAGACCACGAUUUUAUAAGGAACGGCAUGUUCAAUGUGGAAACUGAUUGGGAAGAACUGGAGUACCUGAAAAAGAAGAAGAUGACGUCCAAACUGUUCCAAGAUAUGGAAUAUGGAGUUCAGCUGAUACAGCAAGGAUACACAGCAUACCACGCAGAGUAUCACCAGUUGUACCAUUUCUUGGAGAAGUUCAGCGACGAUGAGAUUUGUAAGAUGCAGCAUGUUGAUACCAUUCCUGAAAUCAUGACGUGGGUUUCUGCAUCAGCCCGGGGACAGUGGACAGAAAUCUUCAGAUCGACUGGAGCCUGGCUAUACGAGACUGGACUAGCUCGACAACUGCUCUCCUCCAUCCAAACCCACCCUCCCCCCUGCAGGGCGGCUAUGCUAGCUGAAAGAGUGACCUUCUGGGACGUUGCCCCACUGUUGGGACUCACAACAAUUGGGGCAAUUGCGUCUAUUGGGUUGUUGGGGAUGGAAAUCGUGUUGCAUAGGUGGACAGAGAAGAAUAGAAGGGAAAAGAAGUGGGGCAGUAGUGAAGCGUCUUUGGUAGCUCUUGAAUAA